GCGGGCUGGGCGGCGGAGCUGCCCUGGGAUGCGUUAGCCGGCGGAUCGCACAGAGACAUUUCUCCUAGGGAGGAGAGAAGCUCCCUCCUCCCGCUGACGUGAGGGGGGGACGGAAGAAAAAGGAUUUAAAGAGCAUCUUUGCCCCCCUUUUGUUGAAUGAGAAGGACAGAGGAGGACCCGCAAGAUGAGCACUAGCACAGUUCCCUAUCAGCAAAACCCCUACCCCUCUGGGAGCAGCUCCACCGUCAUCCAGUGCUACCGCUGCGGGGACACCUGCAAGGGCGAGGUGGUGCGUGUCCAGAGCAAUCACUUCCACAUCCGCUGCUUCACCUGCCAAGUGUGUGGCUGUGACCUGGCCCAGUCAGGCUUCUUCUUUAAGAACCAGGAGUACAUCUGUACCCACGACUACCAGCAGCUCUACGGCACCCGCUGCGACAGCUGUGGGGACUUCAUCACCGGAGAGGUCAUCUCCGCCCUGGGCAGGACCUACCACCCCAAGUGCUUCGUCUGCAGCACCUGCAGGAAGCCGUUCCCCAUCGGAGACAAGGUCACAUUCAGCGGGAAGGACUGUGUCUGCCAAAACUGCUCCCACUCCCUCAUCAGCACCAAGCCCAUCAAGAUCCACGGGCCCAGCCACUGUGCAGGCUGCAAGGAGGAGAUCAAGCAAGGCCAAUCCCUCCUGGCCCUGGAGAAGCAGUGGCACGUCAGCUGCUUCAAGUGCCAAACGUGCGGGAUCAUCCUCACGGGCGAGUACAUCAGCAAGGAUGGUGUCCCAUACUGUGAGUCUGACUACCAUGCCCAGUUUGGCAUCAAGUGCGAGACGUGCGACCGGUACAUCAGCGGCAGAGUGCUGGAGGCUGGAGGGAAGCACUACCACCCCACCUGCGCCAGAUGUGUCCGCUGCCACCAGAUGUUCACUGAAGGAGAGGAGAUGUACCUCACAGGCUCUGAAGUGUGGCACCCCAUCUGUAAGCAAGCAGCCAGAGCAGAGAAGAAGCUAAAGCACAGGAGGACGUCAGAAACGUCCAUCUCGCCCCCCGGCUCCAGCAUCGGCUCCCCGAACCGUGUCAUCUGCGACAUCUACGAGAGCUUUGACACGCGGCAGAGGCGAGCCUCCAGCCCUGGCUACAUCGACUCCCCCACCUACAGUCGCCAGGGCAUGUCCCCCACCAUCCCGAGGUCCCCCCACCAUUUCUACCGCUCAGCUGCUGGCGAGAGUAACAUCUACCGGAAGCCGCCCAUCUAUAAGCGACACGCCACGAAAAGCAAAACCAGCGAAGACAUCGCACAGUCAUCCAAGUAUAGCCCUGUCUACUCCCCAGACCCCUACUACCACUCUGAGUCAGAGUACUGGUCCUUCCAAGGCUCCCCCAAAGCCCCCCGGGCCCGGAGGUUCUCGUCGGGAGGUGAGGAGGACGGCUACGACCGGGGCAUGCACAAGAUCCAGAGUGGCAUCGGCAGGCUGAUCCUGAGGGAGGAGAUGAAGGCUCGAUCCAACUCCUACGCAGACCCCUGGACUCCCCCCCGCAGCUCGGCCAGCAGCAGAGAAGCCCUGCACACGGCUGGCUACGAGGGCUCCCUCAAAGGCUCUCCCCGGACGCAUUACCUGGCUGACAGCGAUCCCCUCAUCUCCAAGUCGGCCUCCCUUCCUGCCUACCGGAGGAACGGGCUGCACAGGCCUCCCAGUGCCGAACUCUUCCACUACGACAGCACGAAUGCCGUGAACUGGGGGAUGCGAGAGUACAAGAUAUACCCCUACGAGCUGCUCCUGGUGAAGACAAGAGGGAGGAACCAGCUGCCCAAAGAUGUGGACAGGACUCGGUUAGAGCGCCACCUCUCCCAGGAGGAGUUCUACCAGAUCUUCGGCAUGACCAUGGCCGAGUUCGACCGCCUGGCCCUGUGGAAGAGGAACGAGCUGAAGAAGCAGGCCCGGCUGUUUUAACCCCACUGCACUAUA